UUCGGGGGCGGUGCGGCGCCUUCCCCCGCCCCCAGCGACUCCCGCCGCGGGCCGGGCUCUGCCGGCCGCACCGAGCGGCUCCCGGGCCGCGCAGAGGGAGCGCCGUUCCGCCCCGAGUGCCGGCUCCUCGGCGCCAGCUCCUCCCGGCCGCCGCGCUGCUCCGGGGCCCGCCCCGGAGAGGGGCUUUCCCGCGGCGCCCCGGCCGCGCUGCGCUACCUCACGUCCGCGAGUCCCCGCUGCUCUUCCUCGCCGUUGCUGCGGCCUUGCCGGAGCCGGAGCCCCGCGGCAGGUCGGAGGGUAGGACACGGACACAGGAAGAAUCCAAAAACAACUGAAGACCAUGGCAACACACUGGAGAAGAAUCCUGACAGUAUUUGUGACAGCUCAAGUACUAUUAGUGGUAAAUGCCUUUGAAGAAGAGGACGUACCAGAGGAAUGGAUUCUUCUUCACGUUGUCCAAGGUCAGAUUGGAGCAGGAAACUACAGCUAUUUGAGACUAAAUCACGAGGGAAAGAUCGUUCUUCAGAUGCGGAGUUUAAAAGGUGACGCAGACUUGUACGUGUCUGACGUGACACUGCACCCCAGCUUUGACGAGUACGAGUUACAGUCUGUGACUUGUGGCCAGGACAUUGUGCACGUGCCCGCACACUUCCGCCGCCCUGUGGGAAUAGGGAUUUACGGGCACCCCUCUCACCUGGAGAGCGAGUUUGAAAUGAAGGUGUACUACGAUCGAACAGUGGUACAGUACCCGUUUGGUGAGGCUUCUUACAACCCUGAGGAGAUGGAGGCAAACCAGAAAUACUCACAGUCUACAGAAGAUGAAUCUCAGGAUGAGGAGUCUGUUUUCUGGACUAUACUUAUUGGAAUCUUGAAAUUAAUACUUGAAAUCCUUUUUUAAAUUGAUGCACACUGGACUUCAGUCACACUUCAUCCUGUGAAAUUGGUAUGAAUGACUUGCUAUUAUACUUAAUACUCGCUAUGUUUCCUGAAGAGAUAUUUAGGUUACAUUUCCAAAACCAGAAAGGAAGUGGGGAGAAAAAGCCAUAUUUAAUUUUAUAUUGUAAAUCCUCCCCAGUAUGUAAAAUGAGCAGCCAGGACAGUAUUUGCAGUGCUCUUGAGAGACCAGGGCUUAAAAAUGAAUGUAUAGUUGGGAUCUUAUUAAAUUCACUUAAAAUAGGUGCUUAGGAAAAUCAAUUCCAAUUCAGUAUUUUCUAUUGUUUUUUAUAAAGAAAAAUGAAUAAACUACUGCGCUUCAGUCCCCCUCUCAAUUUAGAGCAUAUUUAAAAAUAAAACCUGCUUCUUUUCUGAGCAAGCAUCUCCAGUAAAACUGAUCAGCAACGUGUUUGAGUGUAUCCAUGAAGUUGAGGAGCUUAGGGUGAAGGAAGGAGAAAACAAUCAAUCACCUAAGGGAAUAGAUGUCUGUAUUCUGACUGCGUGUGCUCUACAUCACAUCAGCCAUCUGUCAAACAGAGGUCAGUCCAGUCACUCAUCACCACUACAAAUCCAUGACCUGAAUCAAGUGCAUGUUGCUUCUUUGCUGUUACUGCAGGGAGAGGGAGCCUUCAGCUGUUGUUACUUGUCAGUAUGUCAUUUUCAUCUCAUUAAAAACAACACAGCAUACAGGUAUCUCAAACUGGAGAGGUGCUUUCUUACACUUCCCUUGAUAGCUUUUUGUGAUUGAUUUUUUUUUUUCCAAGCACGUAUUUAUGAAUAAGUCAUUAGCUUGCACAGAAAAUUUCUGCUGAAAGGGAUUUGCAGUAUAUUUUAAGAAGGUCAUCUCAUGCCUACUCUUCCUUAGAAGUUACUUUUACCAGGAAUACUUUUUGCUUUGGUUGAGUAUUUCAGAAUAACCAGUUGCUAUGCAAAUAAAGUACAUUACAUUGCUCUGUAAUUUUCUUUUCACAGGGCUUACUGAUAAGUGCACUGAAAUAAAUAAGUAUGUUGCUAUAAUUUUAUACAAAUGCAUGUAUAAUUUAAAUUUCAUUACUGAAAAUAUUCUCUUUUUUGAGUGGUAAUUUGGCUUGCCUCUCUCAACACCUGACAGGACAGUAGUGACUUGUAUCACAAAAAUCACUAUAUAGACAA